UCCGGUACAAAUACCGCUAAUCGUCUCAGGCUUUUCCCCAAAUUCUUAGUAUUCCAACUUCGACGGGAGUUUCCUUCUUCUGAUUCUCUCUGCUCGUCUCUCCAAUUCUGCUGAAAUGGCCAAUCAAGCUGAAUCGUCAGACCCCAAGGGUACGAAGCGGGACUUUAGCACCGCCAUUUUGGAGCGGAAGAAGGCCCCAAAUCGACUUGUUGUCGAUGAAGCAAUCAACGAUGAUAACUCGGUGGUCGCUCUUCAUCCCGAUACCAUGGAGAAGCUUCAACUCUUCCGCGGGGAUACGAUCCUCAUUAAGGGUAAAAAGAGGAAAGACACAAUAUGCAUUGCUCUGGCUGAUGAUACAUGUGAUGAACCUAAAAUAAGGAUGAACAAGGUUGUGAGAAGCAAUCUUAGGGUUAGGCUUGGUGAUGUUGUCUCUGUGCACCAAUGUGCUGAUGUUAAAUAUGGAAAGCGUGUACAUAUUCUUCCUGUGGACGAUACUAUUGAAGGGGUUACUGGAAACCUUUUUGAUGCAUAUUUAAAACCAUAUUUCUUGGAAGCAUAUCGUCCUUUGAGGAAGGGUGACCUCUUCCUUGUGAGAGGAGGUAUGAGGAGUGUAGAGUUCAAGGUUAUUGAGACUGAUCCACCUGAAUACUGUGUGGUAGCCCCAGACACGGAGAUCUUUUGUGAUGGGGAGCCUGUGAAAAGGGAAGAUGAGGAUAGAUUAGAUGAAGUUGGUUAUGAUGAUGUUGGUGGCGUUAGGAAACAAAUGGCCCAGAUUCGUGAAUUAGUUGAGCUGCCACUGAGGCAUCCACAGUUAUUUAAAUCAAUUGGUGUGAAGCCACCCAAGGGAAUUUUGCUGUAUGGACCCCCUGGGUCUGGGAAGACUUUGAUUGCUCGUGCUGUAGCCAAUGAAACUGGUGCAUUUUUCUUCUGUAUCAAUGGACCAGAGAUUAUGUCAAAGUUGGCAGGUGAAAGUGAAAGUAACCUCAGAAAAGCUUUUGAGGAAGCAGAGAAGAAUGCACCAUCUAUUAUUUUUAUUGAUGAAAUUGAUUCAAUUGCUCCCAAGCGAGAGAAGACUAAUGGGGAAGUUGAGCGAAGGAUCGUCUCACAGCUACUGACCCUCAUGGAUGGAUUGAAGUCUCGUGCACAUGUCAUUGUGAUUGGGGCUACAAAUCGACCCAACAGCAUUGACCCAGCUCUGAGAAGAUUUGGAAGAUUUGAUAGGGAAAUAGACAUUGGUGUUCCUGAUGAAGUUGGGCGACUUGAAGUUCUACGUAUUCAUACUAAAAACAUGAAGCUAGCUGAAGAAGUUGAUUUAGAGAGGAUUGCCAAAGAUACGCAUGGCUACGUUGGUGCUGAUCUUGCAGCUCUCUGUACUGAGGCUGCUCUUCAAUGCAUUAGAGAGAAGAUGGAUGUAAUUGACUUGGAAGAUGACUCUAUAGACGCCGAGAUUCUCAACUCCAUGGCAGUUACAAAUGAGCAUUUUCAGACAGCUCUUGGAACUAGCAACCCAUCAGCUCUUCGUGAAACAGUUGUCGAAGUACCUAAUGUUUCAUGGGAGGAUAUUGGAGGUCUUGAGAACGUUAAGAGGGAGCUUCAAGAGACGGUUCAAUAUCCAGUUGAACAUCCUGAGAAGUUUGAGAAAUUCGGGAUGUCGCCCUCAAAAGGUGUUCUUUUCUAUGGUCCUCCAGGAUGUGGAAAGACUCUUCUGGCAAAGGCUAUUGCAAAUGAAUGUCAAGCGAACUUCAUUAGUGUCAAGGGCCCGGAGUUGCUCACUAUGUGGUUCGGAGAGAGUGAGGCCAAUGUUCGAGAAAUCUUUGACAAGGCCCGCCAGUCUGCUCCUUGUGUCUUGUUCUUUGAUGAACUCGACUCAAUCGCUACCCAAAGAGGUAGUAGCGUUGGGGAUGCUGGAGGUGCUGCUGAUCGUGUUCUGAACCAACUUCUUACAGAAAUGGAUGGAAUGUCAGCAAAGAAAACUGUUUUCAUCAUUGGGGCCACCAACAGACCAGACAUUAUAGAUCCUGCUCUUUUACGUCCUGGACGUCUUGAUCAGUUGAUUUAUAUUCCUCUUCCCGAUGAAGAAUCUCGUCUUCAAAUCUUCAAGGCUUGCUUGAGGAAAUCUCCAAUCUCGAAAGAUGUAGAACUCAGAGCCCUUGCUAAGUACACUCAAGGCUUCAGUGGUGCUGAUAUUACAGAAAUCUGUCAGCGGGCCUGCAAAUAUGCGAUUAGAGAGAACAUCGAGAAGGACAUUGAAAAGGAGAGGAGGAAAAGCGAGAACCCUGAGGCCAUGGAGGAGGAUGCUGAUGACGAAGUGGCAGAGAUUAAGGCUGCUCACUUUGAGGAGUCUAUGAAGUAUGCACGAAGGAGUGUGAGCGAUGCUGACAUCCGCAAAUACCAGGCGUUCGCGCAAACACUUCAGCAGUCGAGAGGGUUCGGAGCCGAGUUCAGGUUCUCAGAGCAGAGUUCUGGACCAGCCGCAACCGACCCUUUUGCAACUUCUGCCGGUGGAGCUGAUGACGAUGACCUCUACAACUAAGUACGUCAUUUAGGUUCCAACUCCCAUUUAUGUUUAGACUUUAGUAUGAUAUUUACUCGGUAAAAGCUUCAAAUGGAUCACUUUUGAUUGGACACAGUUCUGCUUCUGAAUUCAAACAGUUGAUUGGAUGGAAAGAAAGGAGUUCAAGAGAAACAUUUUGUUAAUCCAUAAUUUUUUUAUGGAUUGCACAAAAAAUGAACAGAUUCAAUUUGAAUGUGAUUAUUAUUUAUAUUUUCUCAUUGCUUA